AUGUCUGAAUCAAUUCAAAAAAUCGUUAAUGAUAAUUAUAUCACUAAGUUACGUAAAGAAUCCAAAGUCUUAACUCAUAUUUACAAUUAUCCAAUCAUAAAAGAAAUUGAUGAUUAUAUCUUGUCAAUUUUUAUAUUCAACUAUUUUGCCACUUUAUUUAGUAAAUUGAUUUAUGAUUUCAAGAAAGGUGUCUUGGAACAAUAUUUUAAAUUCAUUGUUGAUGGUUUAGACUAUAUUGAUGGAAUUGUUGAUAUUUAUAUCUUGUCAAAUUUAGAUCAUUAUAUCCCAUUAGUUAAAUCAACCCAUUUAAAAGAUUUAUAUCCAUGGGUUCUUGCUGAUAAUAUUUAUAAAUUUAUUUUAAAUAAAUAUAAGGAAAUUAGAUCCAAGGUUAAACCAGUUGUGGAAGAAAAUACAAAUUCAGUUUUAAAACCAAUUAAUUCAAAUUGGUCAAAAUUAAAUGAUCAAUUUUUACCAAAAACUGUUGAAUCAAUCAUCCCAGAACAACCAAUUAAUAAUUCAGAAUUAAAUAAAUCAUAUAAUUUAACUCAUGAAACUUUUGAUAGAUCUAAAAAAUUAAUUGAAAAUAAAUUUAAUUCAAUUAAAAAUUAUCCAACAAAAAUUUCAAAAUUAUUUAAUGAAAAUUUAUCAAAAUCUGAUCAAAAUAUUCCAAAAGCUUUAGCAAAUACUUCUUUAGAAAUUUCAAAUAAAACUUUAUCAAAUUUAGGUUUAAAACCAAAUGAAACUUCUUCAAAAAUUAAUGGAAAUGGAAAUGGAAAUGGUGCUAGUUCUAGUACUUCACAAGGAUCAAAUUCUUCACAAAUUAAUGGGAAUAUUCCAACUACAAAUGGUGAAGUAUCAGUUGGUGCAUGA